CUUCCGGUGGGGAGGGGCGGUUGGGGUAGAAGGUAUAGUGAACCGCUCUUGGGGAGAGCGAGCGGGAUGCGCUUCGAGAGGUUAUCGGCGCCGGAACUCCGGACAGCUUGGCUAUCGCCGCGGCGGCGUCUCCCUUAGCCGGGCAGCGAGCUGAACGCCACGGCCACAGAGCUCUCUUCCCCAGCUCCGCGUCCUCUGGGAGCCCCGCAGGGACCCCGUUCGGGCCUGCCCGCCCUUCCCUCGAGACCUGGACUUGAGCUUCCACGGGCCUCUCGCCUCGCAGGCCCGCGGGCCACGGGGCCUCUUCGGGAAGGGAGCGCGAGCCUGCUGCCGGCAGGCAGCCGGCGCGGACCGGACCUCGGCGGGGAGUAGCUCGGCAGCCAGGGCCCUGCCUCGGGCAGGGCCGGGGCCUAGGCUAGGCCAGCUAGGGAGCGGCAGGGGCAGGAUCGAGGGCCACCUCUGGCCCGGGGAAACCCAGCUAGCCAGCGGGCCGCGGCCCUCGGCUCUUGUCAGGGUGGGGGCCGCGCCAGCCCCCGGGAUUGAUGUUUCCCGGUGUUUUUUCAGUCUAACUUUGGGGGCGGGGAGCGUGUGGGUUUUGAUGAAUUUUUCUGGGGGUUCCAGUGGUCUGAUGCACCAGGAUGUGGGAUUGAGGAAGGCGUCCGUAUUUUAGAGGGCCUGGGGUAUGUUUUGAGGAGUUGGUGGUGGGGGAAUAGUAUCUAAUUUAAUUUGGAUGGGUGGGGGAAUUCCCGAACCUGCUUUGGAACAUGACAUGAACUGUGAGAGGGGGACCCUGAAACUCAAGAGUCAAAUCACCUGAAAGGCCUCCAGGCCAACAUGGCAUCUGAAGAAGCCUCCCUCCGGGCAUUGGAAAGUUUAAUGACUGAGUUUUUCCAUGAUUGCACAACCAAUGAACGAAAACGUGAAAUAGAGGAGCUUCUGAAUAAUUUUGCCCAACAGAUUGGAGCCUGGAGAUUCUGCCUCUAUUUUCUCUCUAGCACACGGAAUGACUAUGUAAUGAUGUAUAGUUUAACGGUUUUUGAGAAUUUGAUCAAUAAAAUGUGGCUGGGAGUCCCAUCCCAGGAUAAGAUGGAAAUCCGAAGCUGCCUGCCCAAGCUCCUUCUAGCUCACCACAAAACCUUACCUUAUUUUAUCCGAAACAAGCUCUGCAAAGUUAUUGUUGAUAUUGGCCGCCAAGAUUGGCCCAUGUUCUACCAUGACUUUUUUACAAACAUUUUACAGUUGAUACAGUCCCCUUUGACCACUCCCCUUGGACUGAUCAUGUUGAAAACUACUUCAGAAGAGCUGGCGUGCCCCCGAGAGGACCUCAGCGUGGCUCGGAAAGAGGAGUUGCGGAAGCUGCUAUUGGACCAGGUACAAACUGUACUUGGACUACUUACAGGUAUUUUGGAGACCAUUUGGGACAAACACAGUGUUACUGCUGCCACUCCACCACCGUCCCCGACCGCAGGAGAAAGUGGUGAUCUAUUAAGUAACCUGUUGCAGAGUCCUAGUGCAGCCAAACUGUUAAACCAGCCAAUCCCUAUCCUUGAUUCAGAGAGUGAGUAUAUCUGUUCCCUGGCUUUGGAGUGCCUGGCCCAUCUCUUCAGCUGGAUUCCUCUGUCUACCAGCAUCACCCCAUCCCUCCUCACCACGAUAUUUCACUUUGCUCGAUUUGGCUGUGACAUUCGGGCCAGAAAGAUGGCAUCAGUCAAUGGCAGCAGUCAGAACUGUGUCCUUGGUCAGGAACGUGGCAGGCUGGGAGUUCUGGCCAUGUCUUGCAUCAAUGAACUCAUGUCCAAGAAUUGUGUGCCUAUGGAAUUUGAAGAGUAUUUGCUGCGAAUGUUCCAGCAGACUUUUUACCUCCUGCAGAAAAUCACCAAGGAUAAUAAUGCUCACACAGUGAAGAGCAGACUAGAAGAACUAGAUGAAAGAAUUUGGAGCUCCAAAAGAAGAGUGGAAAGGUAUAAGGUGGUUCGAGAACUGAAACUGCCCCACAUUCAUAGCCAGGAACAUCAGAAGAGGCACGUGGAGCGGGAUGUCAGUUAUGUAUCUUACACCUUUCAUGAACAAGAUGCUACACUGCUGUGUAAAGGUGUUAAUGGAGAGAAGGGUUGCGUGUCCUGUAGCUACAUCGAGAAAUUUACUGACUUUCUUCGUCUCUUUGUGAGUGUCCACUUGAGGAGGAUAGAAUCCUACUCUCAGUUCCCAGUGGUAGAGUUUUUGACACUGUUAUUCAAGUACACGUUUCAUCAGCCUACACAUGAAGGUUACUUCUCUUGUUUGGAUAUCUGGACCCUUUUUUUGGACUACCUGACUAGUAAAAUUAAAAGUCGUUUGGCAGAUAAGGAAGCCGUACUCAGCAGGUACAAAGAUGCCCUGGUCCUUUUGCUUACUGAGGUAUUGAAUCGAAUACAGUUCAGGUACAACCAGGCGCAGUUGGAGGAGUUGGAUGAUGAGACCCUUGAUGAUGAUCAACAAACAGAGUGGCAGCGGUACUUACGCCAGAGCUUGGAAGUUGUGGCCAAAGUCAUGGAGCUCCUUCCCAGUCAUGCAUUCUCUACACUGUUCCCAGUUCUUCAGGACAAUUUAGAAGUUUAUCUGGGGUUACAGCAAUUUGUAGUUACUUCAGGGUCAGGUCACAGGUUGAACAUCACAGCAGAGAAUGAUUGCCGGCGGUUGCACUGUUCUUUGAGAGACUUGAGCUCUCUCCUGCAGGCUGUUGGCCGAUUAGCUGAAUAUUUUAUUGGAGAUGUGUUUGCUGCCAGAUUCAAUGAUGCACUUACGGUCGUGGAGAGAUUGGUUAAAGUAACCCUAUAUGGAUCCCAGAUAAAAUUGUACAACAUUGAAACUGCUGUGCCAUCAGUAUUGAAACCUGACCUCAUUGAUGUUCAUGCUCAGUCCCUGGCAGCACUCCAGGCUUACUCUCAUUGGUUAGCACAAUUUUAUAGUGAAGCUCAUCGACAGAACCCACAACAGUUCAUCUCGCUGGUCUCCACUGCCAUGGAAGCAGUCACACCUCUUAUUAGUUCCAAGGUACAGGAAAAGUUGCUCUUGUCUGCGUGCCAUUUACUGGUCUCAUUAGCCACUACAGUGCGGCCAGUCUUUCUCAUCAGCAUCCCAGCAGUUCAGAAAGUAUUCAACAGAAUCACAGAUACCUCUGCUCAGCCACUUGUGGACAAGGCCCAGGUGUUGGUAUGCCGAGCCCUCUCCAAUGUACUACUGUUGCCAUGGCCAAACCUCCCAGAAAGUGAGCAGCAGUGGGCAGUGCGUUCAACAAACCAUGCCAGCCUCAUUUCAGCUCUGACCCGAGACUAUCGCCACCUGAAAUCCAGUGCCAUUGCCCCACAGAGGAAGAUGCAGCUGGAAGAUACCAAAGUGAUUAUCCACCAGACACUUAGUGUCUUAGAAGAUAUCGUGGAAAGUAUCUCUGGGGAAGCUACAAAGUCUCGCCAGAUUUGCUAUCAGUCGCUGCAAGAAUCUGUUCAGGUCUCACUGGCCCUCUUUCCAGCUUUUAUUCAUCAGUCAGAUGUUACUGACGAGAUGCUGAGUUUCUUCCUUACCCUGUUUCAAGGCCUUAGAGUACAGAUGGGUGUGCCUUUUACAGAACAGAUCAUACAGACCUUUUUAAACAUGUUUACCAGAGAACAGUUAGCUGAAAGUAUCCUUCAUGAAGGGAGUACUGGCUGUCGGGUAGUUGAGAAAUUUCUGAAGAUCCUCCAGGUGGUAGUGCAAGAACCUGGCCAAGUGUUCAAGCCUUUCCUUCCAAGCAUCAUCUCAUUGUGCAUGGAGCAGGUGUGCCCCAUCAUAGCUGAGCGUCCCUCUCCUGAUGUGAAGGCCGAAUUGUUUGAAUUACUUUUCCGGAUUCUCCAUCACAACUGGAGGUAUUUCUUCAAGUCCAGUGUCCUGGCCAGUGUCCAUAGAGGAGUUGCAGAAGAGCAGAUGGAAAAUGAAGUACAAUUCAGUGCCAUCAUGCAGGCUUUUGGACAAUCUUUUCUCCAGCCUGAUAUCCACUUAUUUAAACAAAAUCUCUUCUACCUGGAGACACUGAACACCAAGCAGAAGUUGUAUCAUAAAAAGAUCUUUCGGACCACCAUGCUGUUUCAGUUUGUGAAUGUGCUGCUUCAAGUCCUGGUCCACAAGUCACAUGACCUGCUGCAAGAAGAGAUAGGGAUUGCCAUUUACAACAUGGCUUCAGUUGACUUUGACAGCUUCUAUGCAGCCUUCCUCCCAGAGUUUCUGGCUAGCUGUGAUGGUGUGGAUUCCAACCAGAAAAAUGUUCUGGGGAGGAAUUUCAAAAUGGAUCGGGACCUGCCAUCGUUCACCCAGAAUGUGCACCGACUGGUAAAUGACCUGCGCUACUACAGACUUUGUAAUGACAGUUUGCCCCCUGGCACAGUGAAGCUAUAGUGUCUGCACUGGACCUUCAUUCUGUUUACUGUCCCAACAGAUCUGUACUUCUGCCGCUGCUGCCACCACCACCUCCACCUCCCUUCUCUCAGACCUCUUCGGGGCACACCAUGGACACAUGUUGGUGAAUUUGCACCCUGGGCUCCAUCUACAACCUAACUUCCCAUCCCCAACCCUUUGUUCCUGCCUCAGCCCCCGGUGACUCACCAGCACUGUCUUCAGGAUGUGUCUUAGCACCAAUUGUAGUUACCAGGGCAUUUGGAGAGGACGGAGAGUCUUGUUGUCAGGUAUUAGGGUCUUAGCACUUUCUGUGAUGUCCGGAGAUUUCAGUGGGUGGUCUGUGCAGAUCAUGUGUAUAUCAAUCAUGAGGCAGAAACGCCAAAGACAACUUAAGACAUUUGUACCUUCGCAUCAUUCCACCUUCUUGCGCCCACUCCCUCCUCCCAAGGCUGUCGAAGGAGAAAUGUGACAUCAGAACUGUUCUGGCACUUCUGUCACUCCCUAUUCUCUCCUGUCCCACCCUUCCUUUUCUCCCAUCCCUUCCCCUUUACAUCUCUGCUAUUUGCAGAGAUUAGAAAGACUUAUGUUUUUGUUAUUGUUUUCUCAUCAUUCCAUUGUGAUACUAAGAUGCUUAAUGGAAAUAAAAUGCUUAUGUUGUUGUUUUAAAA